AUGGCGUUCCUCUUUUCAGUACUCGGUAAAUCGUCGCUACCGACCACUAUUCUAUGGGCCCUCGGCGGCCUAGUCCUGCCUUAUGUGGCGAUAGGCUGCCUACUGUUAAUACCAGCUGUAGAACGACGGGCCAUCUAUAUGCAUGAUUUUAAGACCACACCAAGAGGCGACUUGAACCAUCCGGAGAAAUUUGGCUUCGCUAGAAACCAAGUCACGUCGUUUCACAUAAGCACUCGCGAUGGCGUCGUUCUACAUGCCUGGCACAUUCUACCUCUCAGUGUCUAUGAGGACCACAAGGAUACCCUGGGCAACAACGCAGAACCUCGACGAGAUGCCAGCGAAGAACUUCUCUGCCUACUCCGCGACGACCCAGGAGCAAGACUCAUCAUUCAUGCUCAUGGAUCUUCCGGGACGCUGGCAUCGAGUUGGCGAGCGGACAGCUACAAGGCUCUGUCCUCGAUGAGCACCCCAAAGAUUCAUGUGCUGGCGUUCGACUAUCGCGGUUUCGGGCUUUCGGAGGGCGUCCCAAGCGAGCAGGGCCUGCUGAUGGAUGCCGAAGCGGUCUUUGACUGGGCGAUCGAUGUCGCAGGUGUAUCGCCGGAGCGCAUCGUGAUCUUUGGCCAUUCCAUGGGCUCAGGGGUGGCUAUCGGUCUCUACCAGAGGCUCUUGCUGGAAAGGAAGAUACAGGUAGCGGGGCUCGUCGCGGUGUCUGGGUUUGUGGAUAUCGCCACGGUAGCAAAAACCUACACGGUCGGAGGUGUGCCUGUCUUCAAACCACUCCAAAUUGUUCCUGGGCUGGUAGAAUUUUUGACACGCAAGCUCGAGAGCACGUGGAAGAAUGGCGAUAGGCUGGUGGAUAUCGUCAGAAAGAGUGAAAAGUACCAUAUUGAGAUUGUGCAUGCUCGAGACGACGCAAUAUCAAUUAGUCAGAAUGGGGUCGAUUUGUUCCGGCACGCUCAGAUGGCAAGCAACAUGGCGGCUUACCACGAAGCGGACGUUUGUGUCGAACCAGGUUCAACUAAGGUUGCGAACACAGAUAAGGGACGUAUUACAUUGACGUUGCCCAAUGAGGGCAGCCAUGACGCGGUCAUCUCGCGUCCGGCCGUCAUGGCAGCAAUACGCCGGGCGUUUGGUUCGAGUCUUUAG